AUGUCACUCUCUUCUCUCUCUUUCUCUUUGCUUCUUCUCCCUCAUUCUUUGCUUUCAAUGGAGAACAAGUUCCUCGAUUUCCUUUCGUUUUGUUUCUCCAACACGAUCUGUGGGCUACUCAUGGUUUCUUGCCUUGCAAGAAGCAUUAUCAACCGUAUUGGGUUCAGAACAUUAGCGUGGAGAAAGGAAACGAAGAAGAAGAUUCCACAAGGUGAAAACAAAAUGCCUCUGCUGGAUUUGCCUGACUUAACCUUGGACUGCAUCUUAGAGAAGCUUUCCCCAUCUGAGCUGUGUGCUAUGACUUGUGUUUGCUCUGAGCUGAGGGAUAAAUGUGUGAGCGAUCAUCUGUGGGAGAAGCACAUGGAGAAGAAAUGGGGCAGAUUAAUGGGUGAUGCAGCGAUUAAAGAGUGGAAAUCUCAUGUCGCUACUCUAAUGCAAUGUCUCAGAGAUCCGAAUCGAAGCAGUAGAAGAAGUAACACACAGUGGAGGUCGAGGCUUGCUGCGAAUCUUAAGCCCUUUUCGUGGUUAAGCUCAAACCAUGGCUGCGACCAGAGAGGUUCAUCAUACCUCGCAACUAUCGACUCUGUGAUGUAUUGGUACUCGAAUCUUGAGAGUGGCAAGUUUUGGUUUCCAGCUCAGGUCUACAAUCGCGAGAACGGACAUGUUGGAUUCAUGAUGUCUUGUUACGAUGCUAAAAUCAGAUACGAUUCCAAGACUGAUACAUUUCAAGCAAGAUACUCGGCGCAUGGCCGGCGAGCGGCGGAGGAAAACGUGACGUGGCAGAGGCUGAGACCGUCUCUAAUCGACGCAGAGUCACGUGACCUCCACGUGUCCGACUGUUUGCAGGAACUCAGACCCGGCGACCAAUUCGAGAUCCAGUGGAGAAGAACCAAAGAGUUCCCUUACGGUUGGUGGUUCGGAAUCGUGGGUCACCUGCAAAACUGCGACGGAGAAGAGAGUUGCCGUUGCCACUUAGACGAGAAUGUGGUGAUGGAGUUCAGACAAUUCAGACCGGACUCGCCGUGGAGAACGACGGUGUUAAAUCGGAAGGAACACCGUGAGACGGGAAAUGAAUCCAACGGUUUUUACGGCGGAGUAAAGAAAUUGGCUACGGAGGAAGAGGUUUCUACGUGGAAGCAAUUGUGGCCUGCGCAAGUUUUACAAUAG